UUGGACAAACCCUGACCAACCUGCAGCCCGGGGCUCUGGUCGUCUUGGUCAUGAUGUUUACUGCCUGGGACUUCCUGAGGAGCACAGAGCGCAUGCUGCUGCAGCACCUGGGGAUGAAGGGCGACACCGUGGGAGGAGCCCAUAAGUUAGACGCUGGCGUGGCGCAGGGUAGAGGCUCGUCUCCAUACCUCAUCGACAACGCACAACUGAGGCAACGAGCUGGAGCUGGGUACACAAAGAGCUCAAAAAAACCGUACGAAGCACUGGAGCUCACAUCGGAUGAGAGAGAAGGGAAGAAAAGGCUGCAAAAUGGCGAAAAUAUAUUUUUGGGAUACACUGGAUACGUUGACACUGACGACCCGUCUAUACUCAUCAGUGUUGUUCCCGAAAACUGGCCACCACAAAAUGCUGAGGAGGAGUUUGCGGCGCGUGUCUAUCUGGAAACGGCAGUGGUCUUCAAAGGUUCCAAGAACCAACAAUCUAGCAUUGAUGUUUCAGUGCUCAUACCAAAGGGCCAAGGAACAGAAUGUGACUGGCACCGGGACCCCCGGCGACAGAAGCAGGCGCAAUUUUGUCGCCGCCACGAAGGGUACGGGACUUUGUGCCGCUGUAAGGACCCUUUGGACCCCCAGCGAUUGCGGCGGUCAUCGAACUUCAUCCACAUGUCGGAGAGCAUCCCUAUCGCGAUGCUCACCGCCACCAAGUGUCACUUUUUUUACCGGCAGCUGAUGAGUCUCCUACUGGCUACGGGUGCGGCUCAAACCGAUAUUUUGGUCCUUAUCGACGGUCAUCAGGAAGAGACUGCGCAGCUGGCCGCAAUCUUUGGCUUGCCGGUAAUCGAGCACCGCCACGAGGGAGACGCCGGCACCAGCACGCCCCUCAACGCGCACUUCAGAUUUUCUUUGUUCACGGCCUUCUCGACCUUCCGCAACGCUUCUAAAGUCAUCAUCUUGGAGGACGAUCUCAUCGUCUCGCCUGACUUCAUAAGCUACUUCCACCAGACGGCGUGGCUGCUGGACGCUGACGCCACACUCUACGUCGUGAACAGCUUCUCCCUCAACAGCUGCCCCACGGUGGCCGCUGACGCCACGCGGGUCAGGCGCUCACAAAUGUUCCCCCAGUUCGGCUGGAUGGUCACAAGGGAAUACGCUCAAGAAAUCCUUCGUUUUUGGGUCGACAACUCGGACACAUCUUGGGACUGGGAUUGGAGGCUACAUAUUGCGGCCCUUCGUCGGGGAAGGUAUGCACUGGUCCCGGAAGUGUCCCGAAGUUUCCACUCUGGUUCGUCUGGAGCUCACAUCAAUGGAUGGAGCCAAGCCCUCAUAUUCUCCAACAUGAUCUACAACCACGACCCAGAUGUCAAGCUUAAAAAUUUACACCUACUCCAAGCUAACGUCUACGCGGAUUAUUUUUUGAGUGAACUCAGGAGGGCGAAAGUCCUUUCAAUGGUUAAUGGCUUUAACCCCUGCCAUAUGGAAACUAUUCCGGAGAACCUGCGUCCCGGUCCCGUCAUAAUUCAUCUGGAGGCCAACUCCUACAGCGACCUCAAUUCGUCCCUCGUCCUCCUGGCUAAGUGCUUACACACUUACUCGGAUCACGCUAUUGACAACUACGAAGGUGUGGUGCAGUACACGAUCACGGACAUCACUCCACACACCACACUGUACGCCGUGGCCUGUCCCAUCUCAACAUACUGGAUCAUUAAGAACGCGAUGAUGACGUCACCUCGUCCAGGCGCCAUGGAGCAAGUGUCACGGUAUGACCGCGCCUGGAGACUUGCUAGGUGGUACAGCAACACCAGGGAGGUGCGCUACUCCAACCACAGUGCAACGUAUUACGGCCUGGCGUAGAUGUAGCCUCAAAGUGGUGCGCCAAUCUGUAGGUGGUGCAGCAACACCAGGGAGGUGCGCUACUCCAACCAUAGAGCACAGUAUUAUACGGCCUAGUGCCAAAGGAUACUGGUUGAAUAGAACCACAGGUGAACGCAUUACGACCUAAAAUAAAUUAAUUUAAAAAAAUAUUUAAUAUUGUUUUAUUUUAAUUUGC